AUGACAACAGCUGCGGCUAAGGAUGGCAGAUUGUGGAUCCAUUAUUUACAAGCGUACCUGUUCAAUACGCAUACUCUUCUGUUGGAGGAAGCGCCAAAAGCACUGUUUGAUGUUAUCCAUCGGCAAGGAAAGAUACUCGAGUCAGACAACUGGUUCCCAGUGCAGAUUGAUGAUCUCAAAUUAUACAUACAGUCGGCGAUAGUGAACGACAAAAAGUCUCCAACUGACGCCCACAACGUCAUCAUCACGGCCUGGGACGGCAUCAACACCACGGCGUUCUACUGCUGCUUCACCUCAACCUCUGGACAACCUCUCUCCGUCACCGCGACCUUGCUUCACCGGUUCAGACACGGGGAAAUAGUCGCCUCCCAGUUCAGCUGUGAGGUUUCCAAGACCAUUUCUCUGAAGUCCACAGUCAGAUUCGCCUUGUCAAGCUGCUACAACAGCAGUACAGACAGAAGUCUGCCCAUCGAGUAUCCGGAGCAGGCCCCGGGGAAGAUGGCGGUCUGUAUAAAAUGCGUUUACGGACGACCAGACCCCCAGCGGAUGGUGGAGUGGUUUGAACUACAGAAGAUGCACGGAGUCAGUCGAGUGCUGGGGUUCCAGUUAGCGGUCCAUGCUGAUAGCAGACGAGUUCUGGACUACUACCAAGAACAAGGUUUCCUGACCAUGCUUCCGUUCGCGAUCCCUGGAAACGUAACGAGAAAUGGCAGAAGCAGACGAGGCUUCGAAUACAAAGACAGAAUUGACGAGUGGCAGUUCCGGUCGGAUGAACAGGUGGCGGUGUUUGAAUGUCAGGAGAGGCUGUCGGGUUUCUCGUACGUGGGUGUGUACGACAUGGACGAGGUCAUAGUACCGGAGAGAUACAACGACAUGCAUAACGACACGGCUUUCCUGGUUGGAUUUCUGAAGUAUCUGGAAAAACUAUACCCGUCAGCAGGGGCUUUCCAGUUCCGUAUUGAGAACUUUGUCUUUGACUGGGGAAAGUCAAACAACGAGUCUAGUCUUAGUAUGAUGCAGUACGUAAAACGAUCGAAGCGGAUGGGCGACCCUAAAGUAGUGCACAAACCGGAGAGACUGCGCUGGGCAAGAACACACUCCGUGAAACUCAAGAAAGGAUAUUUCACGAAAAGACUCCCACGUUACAUGGCCAAUGUUCAUCACUACAGGACGUGUAGGGCCAACUGGGAAAAAGGUGUUUGUUUUUCUCUGGCUCGAUUUGAAGACAGACAGCUACUGCGCUGGGAGAAACAACUGGAGAUUAAUAUACGUAAAGUGCCUUCACGUGUUUGGGAGCCUUCAACUUCUAAACCCAACAGAUCACUGCGAAAAUACAUGCGUUAACGGUGCAUAUUUUGUGUACAAGUCGGAGAUAUUUAAACCAGAGAGCAUUGGAUCGCGAGUGCUACUGAACU